CAUUGGCAGCAGGUACCGGAAGCGGUCGCAAGUUUCCAGCUCUGGCAAAGGUUCUUCUCGAGACGUGCUGAGGUGCAGCGUGCGCGGUUUCCCUCUGGACCGGAGCCGAAAGGAAUUGGGACCGUGGCAGAGAUGGAACGCCACGUGGAAGGCCGCACGGCGAGCUCACUGUUCGCUGGAUUCCGAGCCCUGGGGCUUUUUAGUAAUGAUAUCCCGCACGUGGUGCGGUUCAGUUCGCUGAAGCGCCGGUUCUACGUUACGACCUGCGUGGGCAAGAGCUUCCACACGUAUGACGUUCAGAAACUUAGUCUGGUUGCAGUAAGUAACUCUGUUCCACAGGAUAUCUGCUGUAUGGCAGCUGAUGGGAGGCUAGUUUUCGCUGCUUAUGGGAAUAUUUUUUCUGCAUUUGCCCGUAAUAAAGAGAUAGUACAUACCUUUAAGGGUCAUAAGGCAGAAAUCCAUCUUUUGCAACCUUUUGGGGAUCACAUUAUCUCUGUUGAUACUGACAGCGUUCUUAUUAUUUGGCAUGUAUAUUCAGAAGAAGAAUACCUACAAUUGACUUUCGAUAAAUCAGUUUUUAAAAUUUCUGCGAUUUUGCAUCCAAGUACCUACUUGAACAAAAUACUUCUGGGCAGUGAACAAGGAAGUCUGCAGUUGUGGAAUGUAAAAUCCAAUAAGCUUCUGUAUACAUUUCCAGGAUGGAAGGUUGGAGUGACUGCUCUUCAGCAGGCACCAGCUGUGGAUGUUGUUGCUGUUGGUCUUAUGUCAGGUCAGGUUAUCAUUCACAACAUUAAGUUUGAUGAAACAUUAAUGAAGUUUCGUCAAGACUGGGGACCCAUAACUUCGAUUUCAUUUCGCACAGAUGGUCAUCCAAUAAUGGCAGCUGGAAGCCCAUGUGGCCAUAUUGGACUUUGGGAUCUAGAAGACAAAAAAUUAAUCAAUCAAAUGAGAAAUGCACACUCUACAGCAAUUGCUGGACUGACAUUUCUCCAUAGAGAACCUCUUCUUGUCACAAAUGGUGCUGACAAUGCUCUCAGGAUAUGGAUAUUUGAUGGCCCCACAGGUGAAGGCCGACUUUUGAGAUUCAGAAUGGGCCAUAGUGCUCCUCUUACCAGGAUCAGAUACUAUGGACAAAAUGGACAACAAAUUCUAAGUGCAAGUCAAGAUGGAACUCUUCAGUCAUUUUCCACGGUACAUGAAAAAUUCAAUAAGAGUUUGGGACAUGGAUUAAUUAAUAAAAAGAGACUCAAGCGUAAAGGACUUCAGAAUACCAUGUCAGUAAGACUUCCACCUAUCACAAAGUUUGCAGCUGAGGAAGCUCGAGAGAGUGACUGGGAUGGUAUCAUUGCUUGCCAUCAAGGUAAGCUAUCUUGCUCAACCUGGAAUUAUCAAAGGUCUACAAUAGGUGCUUACUUUCUCAAGCCAAAAGAAUUGAAGAAAGAUGACAUCACUGCAACAGCAGUAGAUAUUACUUCUUGUGGAAACUUUGCCGUGAUUGGUCUUUCAUCAGGAAGCGUAGAUGUGUAUAAUAUGCAGUCCGGGAUACAUCGGGGAAGUUUUGGCAAGGAUCAAGCUCAUAAGGGAUCUAUUAGAGGUGUUGCAGUGGAUGGAUUAAAUCAGUUGACAGUUACAGCUGGUAGUGAAGGAUUACUCAAAUUUUGGAACUUUAAAAACAAAAACUUAAUCCAUUCURUGAGCCUUGAUUCAUCUCCAAAUAUGAUGCUGCUACAUAGGGACAGUGGCAUUCUGGGACUUGCCUUGGAUGACUUCUCCAUUAGUGUUCUGGACAUAGAAACUAGGAAGAUUAUGAGAAUGUUUUCCGGACACCAAGGCCAAAUAAAUGACAUGGCUUUCAGUCCUGAUGGUCGUUGGUUAAUAAGUGCUGCAAUGGAUUGCUCUGUUAGGACUUGGGACCUUCCAUCUGGUUGCCUUGUAGACUGUUUUUUGUUAGACGCAGCUCCUCUCAAUGUUACUAUGUCCCCUACUGGAGACUUUCUAGCCACUUCCCACGUGGACCACCUUGGAAUUUAUUUAUGGUCUAAUAUUUCCCUGUAUUCAGUUGUCUCAUUACGGCCACUUCCUACAGAUUAUGUUCCUUCAGUAGUGAUGCUUCCUGGGACUUGUCAAACCCAAGAUAUAGAUAUAACAGAAGAAAAUGUAGAACCAAGUGACGAAAUGAUAGAGUAUGAUUCACCAGAACAGUUGAAUGAACAAUUGGUGACUCUCUCACUUCUCCCUGAAUCACGGUGGAAGAACCUUCUUAAUCUUGAUGUUAUUAAGAAAAAGAAUAAACCAAAGGAACCACCCAGAGUACCCAAAUCAGCACCAUUUUUUAUUCCAACGGUCCCUGGCCUUGUACCCAGAUAUGCUACACCUGAACAAAAUAAUGAUCCCCASCAGUCUAAAGUUGUAAAUCUUGGGAUCUUGGCUCAAAAGUCAGAUUUCUGCUUGAGACUUGAAGAAGGACUGGUAAAUAAUACCUAUGAAGCCGCUCUCAGCCUUCUGAAAGAAAUGGGCCCAUCAGGAAUUGAAACAGAGCUAAGGAACUUGUCUCCUGACUGUGGUGGAUCUAUAGAAGUCAUGCAGAGUUUCUUGAAAAUGAUCGAGAUGAUGUUGGACAGAAAGCGUGAUUUUGAAUUAGCCCAGGCAUACCUUGCAUUGUUUCUAAAAUUACACCUUAAAAUGCUUCCUACAGAACCAGUACUCCUAGAAGAAAUGACAAAGUUGUCAUCACAAGUGGAAGAAAGCUGGAUUCAUUUACAAUCACUCUUCAAUCAAAGCAUGUGUGUUUUAAAUUAUAUCAAAAGUGCUUUGUUAUAAAAAAAAAAAAAAACCUUAAGUGAUUAAAGAAAGCAAAAAUUUUUAUUAGAUGGGUUCAGUGUGAAAAAAGUGCAGCACUACAUGAAUAGUAAAUAGUAAAUAAUUCAAUACUUUAAAUGCUAAAUACUUUCUUGAAAUAAAAUUUCCCCUACUUUUGUUUGGAAAGCCUUAAGAAUCAGAUAACUUACUUUGAGUUCCUUCAUUUUAGGUACUUUUAUGGCUUUUUGAAUUGUUGUUAUCAGCAUGCGUUUUUUAAUAUGUUACAUAUAAGAGAUACUACAUAUUUAGUGUGAAGUACUGAAUUAAGUUAAAGAUGUCAGUUGUAAGGGAUCUGUAAUAUAGUUAUAAAAAUGC